AUGUCCGAGCUUGGACACGAUACCCUCCCUUCCACGUCGGUCCACGGCGACUCGAAGAAGCCUGCCAUGACCAGCUCGGCCAUUCCUCAAGCCAACGGCGGUGGCCUGGUCACCGUGCAGCCUCUGAAGCGCUCCGAGAUGCAACCUUCGUACAAACAGAACCUCGGCCUGGACACGGUGCAGCAUGGCUUCUAUGGCUCGCUCAUCAACGGGAUCGGAGCGAUUGCGGGCGGCUUCGGCCAGCUUCCCUUCUGCUUUUGCUGUCCCAAUCCCUUCAAAGAGAUCGAGCAAGGCAGCGUCGGUCUCAUCUCGCGCUUUGGCCAGUUCUACAGAAGCGAGGACCCAGGCCUGGUCCAGAUCAACCCCUGUAGCGAGACUCUUCGCAGGGUGGACGUACGUGUCACCACGACACCGAUUGGACAGCAAUCCGUUAUUACGCGCGACUCUGUCAGUGUAUUGGUGGACUCGGUGAUCUUUUGGCACAUCUCGAACCCGUACCGAGCGUCUUUUGGUAUCAACGACGUCAAGACGGCGCUGAUCGAGCGAGCGCAGACCACUCUGCGAAACGUGGUGGGCGGUCGUGUGCUGCAGUCGCUCGUCACGGAGCGAGAGCAGGUGGCACUCGAAGUGCAGGAGAUUGUCGGCGACGUUGCGGACCGCUGGGGUGUUCAGGUCGAGAGCAUCCUCAUCAAGGACAUCAUCUUCUCCAAGGAGCUGCAAGAGUCGCUCAGCUCGGCCGCCAAGCAGAGGCGUAUCGGAGAGAGCAAGGUGAUCGCCGCCCAAGCCGAGGUCGACUCGGCUCGACUCAUGCGUCAGGCAGCCGACAUCUUGGCGUCCAAGAGCGCCAUGCAGAUUCGUGCGCUCGAGAGCUUGCAGGCGAUGGCCAAGACGGCCAACAGCAAGGUCAUCUUUGUGCCCAUGAACCUCAACGAUCUUUCGGGUGACAACAACUUGCCUCCUGGAGGCACGGCUCCUGGUUCCAAUGUGCCCCCCGCCGCUGUUGCUUCGGGCUCGGGCGCGACGUCCGGCAACAUGAUCAGCACGGCUGCUCUUUCUCAGCUUGCUGACUUGUAA